AAAAAGCUUCAAAAAGCUAGAAAGCUGGCGGGAGAUGAAUCCUAAGACACAGUUAGUACAAUACAAUACAAUACAAUAAAAUGCAUUUAAGCAUUACCAAGAAAUGAUAAACAACUCCCUUGUUGUCUCCCUCUCACUUUUCCUCGUUAACUACGCUUGAAAAAACAAUAUUUCUCAUAAGAUCUUUCAAUGGCUUCUCAGCUUUUUUAUCCAUAACUUAUUUUCUCCUUAAUCUCAGCUUUAAUGGCUUCCAAAUUCUCUCUGCAACUGCCUAAGCCAUUUCAAUCAGAGUGUUUUGGAUCAAAAGUCAGAAGGACAAAGGUUGAUAUGCGCAAUUUAUUAAAGUUAAACAGGAAGGGAUGUAGAAAAAUUCUGUUUCAGAUCAAUAGUGAUUCAAUUGGAUUGUUAUUCGAGUGUUACUCUUCUUCAUGUGUUCCUUUGAGAGCAUUAUCAUCUAAAGCUUCUUCUACUCCUGUAGAGAAAACAGACUAUGACGAUAGUGCUAUGGUGGCGAAUGUUGAAACUAAUGACGUAAAGUUUAAUCGUGUAAAUUGUCUUGUAUGGGUAUUGCAUGAAGCUGCAGCAAGCUUUUCCCUUGCAGUUCAGUCACUUGGACUGCGCGGGAAUGGUGCAGAGCUUGCAAUGGCUUGGAAUGGGAAGGAUGUCCAUGAAUGGCAUAAACGUAUAGCUUAUCAGGUUGCUGUUUAUGCUUUGUUGAAAACGGCAAUUGAAGUAGAGAGUUUGCUUUCUCUUGAUCGACACAACAAUGCAUCACCGGUAAAAGAAAUCUUGACCCCAACAAUAAACUUGGUGGAGGAGUACAUUGAAGGACAGUUAAAAAUGAAGCAUGAAAACCUGGUACAAUGGUUUAGAGUUGUGGAAUUACCUCGUAUAGCAGGUUUUUUCGUUCCGUUGCUGAAGAAAUGGUCCAUGGAAUACGCUGGAAGUGGUGUUGCAGGAAUAGUUGUAGCGAUAAGCUGCUGCGCCGCUGUUGGGAAACUGGGUUCCGGAAGAACGUCCUGUCCUAAGUUUGUGUUGUCAAUAGAUGAUGUAUUAGUAGUGCUGAUGGAUCUUUCACAUAGUCUUGUUGAAGUGGAUAAACUGCACCACUUGGCAAUUGACGCGGGGUUUGAACUCAACUUCUUGUCGCAUUUUGGAGCAAAAGUUCUGCCUUGCAACAAAAUUGAAGACCUGGAGUUCUGGAUCGGGUUAGCUCAGCAAAAACUCUCAGUAGCAUUCUCUAAAGAAAUCGUUGUUAAAGGCACACACGAAUCUCUUGAAAAGGUUCAGGCAGACAGUUUGGCUACUCUUGGGCUUUUUGCAUAUCUGGGAAGGAAGACUCGAUUGUUCUUGUCAAGAAUGAGUGUUAAGGAUCUUGACGAACUAGUUAAAGACUUCCUCAAUUACUUGGAGUGUGGCAUCCUUUUUAUUUACCCUGAACUUGCUUCUGUAUCAGCAUAUGAAUGUUUCAUGGAGGUAGUAACCGAAGAAAUUGGAUGGAUUGAUUUUUACGCUACAUGCAGUCCAAUGAACAAUCGAGAAAAGAAAGGGUCGUAUUCUAACAAGAGGGGAAGGAGAAAACGGUCAAAGCAGCAUGCAACUCAAGCAGAGAAAGAAAUUAUCCUAUCUACGGUUUUUACUGUUUGCUACGACGUUUUCUCUGGCUUUGCUCACUUCAGCCGUUCAUCUCUACAUCCGUUAGAUGCAGAAUCACUUCAAUUCUUGCUCCGGAGCCAAAGCUUAUUAACUGAGUGUCUCGAGGACUACCGUGCAGUUUAUGAUAGAUCCUGUGAAUUACGAAAGAUUGGGGAGGCAGGUUCCUCCGAUCACACUCAAUUUAUUGAUAUAAGGGAGGCAAACAAAUUUUCAGUGGCAUUGUUAACACAAGCGAAGCCACGAGAGCUGAUGCUAAAGGGGUGCUUAAAAGCUAAAUCUCAAGAAGGCAUCGAGCCAAGAAAGGAGCAGACUGAUAGCUCUGCUGUGACAGAAUUUACAACCAAAUCAAGUUCUGUGCAUAAGAGUUUACUUAGGAGAUAUGGUGUCAAAUUAGUAUCUACAAGUGCUGAUAUAUGGAUGGGAACCCAAUUGCUGUUUGUAGACAUCAUGGAUACUAUGGAAUUACUCGUGAAGCAAUUGCGUGGUCACAAAAGUUCGAGGAGGGAACGAAAGAAAUUGAAGCGAACAUUUAACGACAUCGCUACACUGAUCCCAAUUACAAUUUUAAUGUUACUUCCUGUCUCGGCUGUCGGCCAUGCAGCCAUGCUAGCAGGCAUAAAGAAGUACAUGCCAAACUUGAUACCUUCUCCGUACUCUUAUGAGCGGCUUGAUAUGGUGAAGCAACUGAACAGAACUAAGAACAUGAAAGUUCGACCGUGGAGUAACCUUCAAGAUCCGUCACCUAAGAUCGACAGCAAAGAUCAAUCUGCAGAUCCUGUUCAAUAAAUUUUAUGUUCGGCUACAGUUCAUAAUUGUAAAUGCAGAGUCUGUUAAUACAUGAUACUGAAUCAUACACAAGCAUGACAUAUUUCAUUGUAUAGUUAGGCGUCCAUUAAUAACCGCAAAGAUGAUGAAGUAAAUUAUUUCCAUACUCAACCGGUUAUAUUAGGAAUCCUUUUCUGUUCCAAA